AUGGCCAGUAAUGAGCUUCAGACCGUUUUCGUCCGCGUUGAAGGACUUAAAAAGACUAUUUUUGACGGCGAAGUAAAGUCCCAGGGACACGAGGUGACGACCGAAUCAGGAGGGAAACAUAUGUGUGACGGCACCAAAUGUGGGCAGCAGCGUACACCGGGCAAUACGCCGACGGCUAGCCUGGAUACCGCAUCCAACCACGGUAAAAAUUUCAAAUUUGAUGGAAAAUGGUUCGAAUCUAUGGGUGACUUUUUAAUCGACAAAAUUGGAGACGACAAGGGCUGGUGGCACAUAUUUGUUAAUGGACAGUAUCUGCAGGUUGGAGGAUGUCAGUAUCAGACUCAGCCUUAUAGUUACAUUCUCUGGGCUUAUGAUGGCUCUCGGCCCUCUCCAUUAAAGCUUGAGGUACUCUCAGCUACCCGAGUUAACCAGGAGACAAUAUUCUCUGUAAAGAAUUGGGAGACAGGGGGUCCCGUGGGGUCUGCGACUGUGCAUGGGGUUCAAUCAGAUGAAAAUGGAAUUGCUAUAGUGAUCUUUAAAGAAAGGGGCAAGAUUCCUGUGAGGGCAGAGAAGGAUAAAUGGAUCAGGUCAAACACUCUUACUGUCAAUGUUACAUAG